ACAAUUGUUUGUAGGCGGCCGGAUAACAUUCCUUCACCGAAUCAACGAGAUGUUUCCAGGACAACGGAGAGAGAUGGAGAGUGCCGGACAGUUUGUAGUUGACAACAAACAAAAGACUCACCAUAGUAUAUGGAGGGAAUGUCCGACUUCCGAGCCAUGGCAUUCGUCUACUGGAGUCAGCGCCGUCGAUUUGGACCCGGGAAAAGCAAAUGACGUGUCGAGCAGCUGGAGUCAGGAGACAGGAGACAGCUCAUCUGUGCCUCAUAAGCAACAUCGAGGGGCACAAAACUGACUGACAUCGCAGAAAAGCAGAAGCUUCAUGACAUGAGAUUUCCCACCCACCAUGUCGGCCAGUGAGACCGGUGAUCUGUGCAGCUGGAAAGACGCCCUGCCCACAAAUAUUACCUUUGUGGAGAAGAAUCUGUCAGUGACCACCUCGGUCGUCUCCAUGAGUGUAGGGAUCCUUUCCAACAGCCUGGCCUUCUUCAUCCUAUUCCAAUCCUCCAAACGCAUGCCACUGAAAUCCAAGACACCCUUUUCGGUGUUUGCCACCAGCUUGGUGGUCACGGACCUACUGGGCCACUUGAUCAACGGCUCCGUGGUGCUUUACGUCUACAGUUUGCGCAAGAAUUGGGAGAUGUUUGACCCCCAUGGCAGAGUGUGCAACCUCUUUGGCGCCACCUUGGUUUUCUUUGGUCUGAGUCCCCUGUUCCUUAGUAGCGCUAUGGCAAUUGAGCGCUGCAUUGGAGUCACCAAACCCUUUUACCACUCCACCGGGUUAGCCUUCCACAACAUGAAUAAGCUGCUGUCUGGCAUCUGGCUGCUGGCCGCCCUGGUGGCCGCACUUCCCGUGGUACUUAAAAAGUCCUACACAGUGCAGAGAUCCAGGAGUUGGUGCUUUUACAAUCUGGACAAGCUUCACGACUACCUGGACGUCUUCCUGCCUUUCCUCUUUGCCCUGCUGGGCUUGCUGUCGCUUCUCUUCUCUAUCGUUUGCAAUACUGUGACCAGCUGCUCCCUACUGUUGUCUACAAUGCACCGUAAGCAUCAGACCAAAGGAAGGUCUUACCACAUUGAGAUGAUCUGCCAGCUCAUGGCCAUCAUGCUGGUUUCCUGUGUUUGCUGGGGGCCUUUACUAACGUGCAUCAUACUUCUCACCUUCAAAGAAGAACAUGAGCCAGCAUCAGACAAAAUUCUGUUUCUGGUGCGCAUAGCCACGUGGAACCAGAUCCUGGACCCCUGGGUCUACAUCCUUUUGAGGAAAGCUGUCCUGAAGAAGCUCUAUCUCAUGUUACAAAAAUGCUGCCAGUCCAAAUCCUGGCAGCACAGCUUUCUGCGUAGCUCUGCGUCCAGCCACUCCAAGUUGGAGCAACCAGCCUGCCUCCUCGAUAGCUUACUCGUGGAAAAUACUCGCAUCGGUCUGUCUGACGAAUCCAAGACACAGGUGUUCCAUGUGGUGUUAUCCGUGUGGAAGAAAGGCUGAAAGAAAGCGGAAAGAUACAGAGAUGGUUUGUGAAAUGUAAAAGAGCAUUACAUGUAAUCUGGUCCAUAGUAAAUGUGUAAAUCAUGUGUAAUUCCUGGUGGUCACUAUGAAAUACACAUACAUUAAUGUAUGGCGUCAUAUUUAUUACUACAUGUCAUCUUU